AUGCUUUGGAACAACAAUUGGGUAACACUUAUUGAUGGUCUGCUACAAGUUAAUGUAUUGAGGCAACGACACGUUGGAGUAUCUCAGCCCACAGAAAUUAGAAAUCUGAGUAUAAAUGUUUCUGAACACGAGAAGCAUAUCACGAAUAUUGAUGGCAAGAAUGUAGUGCAAGCCCGUGUUUUCAAACAAUAUGAGACUACAACAUGUGGAGGUGUGACUUUACAGGGAGUUACAUUCCAUCAUUUGCCACAUCUGACAGAAAAAACCGUUACACUAAACUUUUUACCAGGUGUUAAGAGCGAAUUAAAUAGUGCAUUGUUAGGAAGCAAUUGCCACACGCCUUUGCCACAAAAAUUGAAUUACAACUUUAAGCUGGAAACUUCUAAGAUUGGAAACAUUCACUCACUGCAGUGGAUGCAAGAUUCGCAACAUUUCAGUUCUGGAAUUGAAGUCAAGGUGCAUUAUGCUAGCAUAUCGAGACUAGAUGUAGAAAAGGCCAUAGGUAUGGUGAAUAAGGCUGCAAUAGGAACUGAUUCAGAUGAAAAUCAUUUUGGUUUCGACUUUAGCGGCGUUACAAAAAGUGGCGAACGCGUCAUGGGUAUUGUGGUUGAUGGCUCAUGUAAGCGCACGGUGAGCGCACGUCCAGAUCUUCUGUGGCCGAUUCCUGAUCAUUGGGAGUUUGAAGAAGCCGCUACUGUACCAAUGGCCUACAUGACGGCGUUUUACUGUCUCAAUUCGUGUGUUACAAGUCUGACCAGAGGGAGAAUAGGUGUAGAAACUAUGAAAUCCGAUAACAUCCUUAUUCAUGGAGGUGCCGGCGCUUUGGGUCAAGCUUUAAUAUCAAUGGGAUUAGCGAUGGGUUAUCAAGUAUUUACAACUUUCUAUUUACAUAAUGUGUGUUAUGAUGAAAUUAAAUUUAAUAACGAAUGUUAA